AGAUCGGAAAAUUCGCUUAACAACAACAUCCGCAAAACUCUAUGAUAUGCUUCGAUGCUCAUUCUCCCUCUUGACACAAACAUCUCCUUAAUCGAUUCUCACCUUCGAUUUUUCAGGCGAGAUUUCUUUAUAAUCUCUUCACAGCUUAUGGGAUCGCUACUACGAAUAUUUCACUGAUGUCAAGUUUAACAGUGAGAAGGGUAACAGGUGAAGAUAUAAAACUGAGCAAAAAGACACGGGAGCAGCCUUGGAAUGAUGAUGCAUUGUCUACAAAUCAUGGAAAGUCUUUAGAGAAUGCGAACGAUUCAAGAUUUGAGAAGAAACGCCAGAAACUGACAUCUUGUGUUCCAUCCUCACAUCCCUGCUUUACUUCACGACAAACUACUGAUUCUUUAAACCCACUAAACCGUAGAGAUGAUAGCUUGAAGACUUUCGAAUAUGUAUCCCCUAAAGAUGUUAGCGCAAAGACUCUCAAAGAUGUUGCCCCUGGCUCAAGCAAAACCAGACCAUUUAUCCCAAUUGGUCCUAGUUUCCAAGCUGAAAUUCCGGUUUGGAUUGCCCCUACCAAGAAGGGCAAAUUUUAUGGUAGUCCUGGAGAUUCCGACACUCUUAGAUGGUUAGGAACUGGUGUGUGGCCAACAUAUAGCCUAAAGAAGAAAGUUCACUACAAAAAAGUCGGCCAAGGAAGAUCCGACUCUUGUUCUUGUGCCUGUCCAAGAUCAACCAGUUGCAUAAAACAACACAUAAAAGAAGCACGGGAGCUUUUAGAAAAAGAAAUUGACCGUGCUUUCUAUACUUGGAAGUUUGAUCAAAUGGGUGAAGUUGGAUCAAAAUCAUGGACCAUCAAAGAAGGUCAAAGGUUCGAAGCUCUUGUGGAAAAUAAUCCUUUGUCAAAUAGUGAAGGAUUUUGGGAAUCUGCUUCCAAAGCUUUCCUAAGGAAAAGUGAGAAGGAUCUCCGUAGUUACUAUUAUAAUGUUUUUCUCAUCAACCGUAUGAGAUUGCUUGCUAACUCUUCUGAUGACCACAUCGAUAGCGAUGAUGACCACAACGGUCACUUCUUAGAAGGAUGAAGGCCUUGUCUAUAAUCGUAACCGAUGCAGAUAUCUCUCUGGAUUACAGGUAAUCUAAUCCUCCGUUCUACUAGUAACUCUAGUAUCCAGGUUCUUGAUACGUAGUAAUUCAAGAACAUGUUUUUUUCUCCUCCUUAAGCGUCUGGGACUUUUCAAAAAUAGAUCUUUAGACCAUGUUUAUUAGAGAGACUCAUGUGGGUCUCUUAAGAAUUAUUUAAGUAAUAUUGUUUAGUUAAGAUACCUAUUAAGAAAUUUUGGUUUAUUUAGAGGUACAUUGGAGAAAUCGUAAUGGGUAUCUUAAAAGAAGAAAUUUAUAUAAAAGGAGUUUUUUAAUUGAAAAUAACAAAGGUACAUAUUAUUUGAAAACAACACAAAUUUAACAGAUAAUUAUUAAUAUUUGAAACAACACAAAUUUAGCAAUAAAACUUAGAUAUCGACUUGAUUACUUCCAAAUUUUUGCCAAAUAUGCUCAACCAAAUCCGCUUUCAGUUGUUCAUCCAUUUGUUUAUCCCAAACUCUAGUCCGUCUAACGAACACAUCAGCAAUAUUUGUAGGCAUGUCACUAGAAUAUGAGAGAUCAACAUGUGAAUUUCCGUUUCUUUCUCCUUGUUGGAAUUCAGAAACAUUUUGUAGAGUGUAUCUAUCUCAUUUAUCAUCUACUAUCAUGUUGUGGAAAAUGAUGCAUGCUCUCAUAAUCUUUCCAAUUUUCGCUUUGUCCCAACUAAGAGCUGGAUUUUUAAUAAUAGCAAAUCGAGCUUGCAAGACUUCAAAAGCACGCUCGACAUUUUUUCGAACGCCUUCUUGAUAAAUAGCAAAACAAGAUGCUUAGACCCUAGGGAAGUUUAAUAGAUUGGAUAUCAGACAUAAGGAAUUGGAUUUUGAGUUCAAUCGACUCAAACCACAAACCAUAAAAAUUUCAUUUAGAGGAAGAUGAUAGAACAA